UGGCCACCUGCCCGGUAACUUGUGGUUGGUUGUUGCUCUCGGGUCGCUCCCAGGCGGGGACACGGAACCCGACCAUGGAAGAUCCGUCGGGGACUCGUGACCCCCGGGCCACCCCAAGAGAGCGAGGCCCGGAGAGGAAACUCCCGUCAAAGCCGGACGCGGGACCGACCCCUGGAGCCGACCUGGGACGCAGCCCCGCCCCCCUGGCCCGCGCCUUGGGAAACCCCGGAGCCGCCGCCGGAGAGGAAGGAGGACUUCGGGCGCCGCGGCCGGGAAAGUGAACUCCCUUCAGGGAGAUACCUGCCCUCAAACCCCAGGCCUGGACGAGAGGAAGUGGAAUAUUACCAGUCAGAGACUGAAGGACUCCUGGAGUGCCAUAAAUGCAGAUACUUGUGCUCCGGAAGAGGUGUGGUGCAGAUAGUGGAGGUGAUACUGAAUGGGAUGGUCCUCAUGUGUAUCGUGGCCUCCUACUUUGUCCUAGCUGGAUUCAGUGCCAGCUUCUCCAGCGGCGGUGGCUUUGGGAACAACUAUUACUCACCAUUCGAGGGCACUGAGCUGGAGCAGGUCCGGCGGCUGGACCAGCAGUACUCAGUCCUCCGGGCGCCCCUCAUAUAUGGUGGUGUGGCCGUUUCUCUGGGGCUGGGCGUCCUUACUAUGGGCAUUUUACUCCAGGGAGCCAAGAGUCUCACCAAACUGCCGGGCAAGUGGCUCCUGGUGGAGGCGGCCUUCAGCCUCCUAGCGGCAGUGGGCUACUGUGUAGGCCUCGGCAUCUACCUGCACGUGGCCCUGCAGAUCAAUGCCACAGACACCUGCAAAACCAGAGAGCGGCUCUAUGCCCGGAAGGGACUCACCUGGAUGAACUGCCAGCUGGCCGGCACCGACGGCGCAGCGGCCACCUUCGCCUGCCUCCUGGUGGUCAUGUAUGGAGUCAGCGUGGUGCUGGCCCUGCGCAGCUACCGGGAACAGAAGCACUACAGGGAUGGCCGAGAGCAGCCCAGAAACUACAGCGAUGCCCCCCAGUACGUGUGGUCUGGAACUCUCUGAGGACACCCACUUCUGGGACCUAAGUGUCAAACCACCUCCACUGUUUCUCUCAACAAAAUGGGUCCUUUAAAGCUG